AUGUCAUCGUUAUCAUUUUCAACAUUAAUUAUUUGUUUAUUAUUUAUUGUUUCAAUUGUUUCUAGUAGCUCAGUAUAUUCAUCAGUUCAAUUUAAAGCACAAGAUUGUUCAGAAGGAUGUGAUUUCUUUCAAGAUAGUAAUUGGAUUGGUGGAAGUGCUCCUCAAUACAACCAAAAUGCAACAAUCGACUUUUCAACCUCGUAUUACCACGGCAACCAAUACAUCUACACUUCAAACGGGUCUCCUUUUAGUUUGCUCAACCUCAACAUUACCUCUGGCCGUAACAACAAUGUCACACUCGUGCUGAGUGUAGCUCUCAAGCUAGAUUCACUCAAUCUCACCGCUUCGUGGAUUCAAGUCGAUGAAAACGUCAUCUUUAACAUCAAUGAAAAUGCCUCGAUUGCCAAUGGUGGAGGUGUGUUUGUUGGGAUUGGUGGCUACUUUGUCGUGGUUGGAAACACCACACUCGGCUAUGCCUCUGCCAUUUCACUCCACGGAAAUGCUACUUUUGUCGCCUUUGGCUCUGCUCUGAUCGAGGGGUAUCUAACGGGUUACCCAACAGGCUCCAACUACUAUGGUGGUCAAUUUGAAUUCCUCGGCAGCACUAUCAUCUCGAGAACCGAUGUCGUCGCCGAGUUGAUCUAUUUCAACGACACUUUGAUCGUGACUGGUCGUACUUACUUGACGGCUAAUCGCAUGGUCGGACGUACAGGCAACUUUUCAAUCGUUGGCAGUGACAUCACUGUUGGCGAGAUCAACGUCAAUACCAAUGUCUCCCUCACCUUGGGUGGUACUCUUAAAAUGGGUUCGUACGUGUCCAACUCUUAUAUUGCCUAUCUCGAGGGCACUGCCAACACACAGGUCUACGCGCAGACUGGCAACUUUACCACAUUUGCCAAUGUGUCGUUGCUCGGAGAAACACUCAUCUUCAACGCUUCGGUCGCGUUUGGCAACGGUAACAUCACCUCGCUCGAGAUUGACAAUGAUAACAACUAUUGGAGCCGUUUCGUGUUCACCAACGUCAGCAUUGCCAAGCUCUUCACCGCACCCACAAUCAGUGCCCCCAUCACCAUAGAAGUGAAUGGCAACAGCUCGCUGCUCAUCGUCGACGUUGAGAUGGUCAACAUUGUAGUGUUCCCCUCUGCCACACUCAACCUGACCACCUCACAAAUUACAAUGGACUCCAAGUCUUCGCUUUUCUUUAACGGUGCCAAUGCCCUCUUCAACUACACCUAUGUCAACGGUGGUAGCGUCUCUGCCUCGCAAUCAUCACAAGUUGUCUUGACUGGCGGCUCUAAAUUCUCUAGCGCUUCCCUCUCACUCGCCAAUAACUCCCAACUCAUUGUCUCGGGAUCCAACAACCAUCUAGCCUCACUCGUCCUCGGCACAGGUGCCCAGAUGAACAUGACCGACGGUACCCUCUACAUUGCCAGCACUUUGACAGUCAACGCCAAUUCCGCCGUUAAUUUGAACUUGACUUCACUUGCCACAUCUACUUCUUAUGUACCCAUUAUUUGCAAUUCCCAAGUCACCUUUAGCUACUCGAGUCGCCUCACUUUAACAACAAAAGCCAAAGGUGUCGCUCUCGGUACCCAGUACUAUCUCGUCAAUGGCAGAUCCGAAAUGUCCAUCCCCAAUUUCACUCUCUACCCAACUCAACCAGGUCGAUUGAAUAUUGCAAAUGCAGGAACAUGUGACACGAUUCGUCUUCGCGGUACCAAUGGAUUUGCAGUUAUUAAUCUCUCGAUGAAUUUCCAAUUUAAUUGCACAACAGUUCUCUAG